AUGUCGAGGGUCGGUGUAUUAGUCCUAGGGCCCGCUGGGGCAGGUAAGAGUACGUUUUGCAAUGAAAUGAUCUCACAUAUGCAAACGGUCGGUCGCCGAGCACACAUAGUGAACCUGGAUCCCGCUGCGGAGCCGAGCAAAUAUGAGUUCACAGUCGACAUAAGAGACCUAAUUUCUUUGGACGAAGUCAUGGAGGAGCUAGAUUUGGGACCUAACGGGGCUCUGAUAUAUUGUUUUGAGUACUUGCUGAAUAAUUUAGACUGGUUUGACGAGGAGAUUGGCGACUAUAACGACGAAUACUUGAUAUUUGAUUGCCCUGGACAAAUAGAGCUUUACACACAUAUCCCUGUUUUGCCUACUAUUGUUCGCCAUCUGCAAAGUCAGUUGAAUUUCAGUCUGUGUGCUACGUACCUGAUGGAGGCUCCGUUCAUUGUGGAUAGCUCUAAAUUCUUUAGUGGCUCACUGUGUGCGAUGUCUGCGAUGAUUUUACUGGAGCUCCCACAUAUAAAUGUUCUCAGCAAGAUUGACAUGAUUAAAGACAACUACAGCCGCAAGAGGCUGAAAAGAUUCCUGAACCCUGACCCAUUACUGCUAGUGGACCAGAACGACAAAGAGAUGAACCCUAAGUUCCACCGUCUCAAUCAAUGCAUAGCUAACCUUGUGGACGACUUUGGUAUGGUCCAGUUUUUGCCACUUGAGGCCAAGAAUCCCGACAGCGUGUCGACCAUCCUAUCAUACAUUGACGACGUUACGCAGUGGGCCGAAGCGCAGGAGCAAAAGGAACCCAAUGACCAAAUAGAUAUUGAGGAGCUCUAA